AUGAAUCUUUCCAACAACACUUUCAUGGGUUUCGACAGACCAACGAUACCUGAACUAUCCUCAGUCCGGAAUCCAUCUAUCGAGUACUUGCUUGGCUCCAACAACAGCUUCACGCGCAAGAUUCCUUCUUUCAUAUGCGAGUUACGUUUUCUAAAAAUUCUCGAUUUAUCUGACAACAACUUUAAUGGUUCAAUCCCUCGUUGCAUGGGAAAUUUCAAGAUUUUGAACGUGGAAAGCAACAGAAUCAACGACACGUUUCCGUUCUGGUUGAGUUCACUGCCGGAGCAACAAGUUCUUGUCUUACGCUUUAGUGCAUUCCAUGGACCAAUACAUCGAACCUUGUUCCCUAUGUUGCGAAUCAUCGACAUAUCAAAUAAUCACUUCAAUGGAACUUUGCCAACAGAGUACUUUGUGAAGUGGAGUGGGAUGUCAUCACUUGGGGAAAUUAAUGAAGACCAGUCUAACGAAAAGUACAUGGGAUCAUACUAUUACCAUGAUUCAAUAGUUUUGAUGAAUAGAGGUGUAGCACUGGAGCUGGUGCGUAUCUUAAAAAUAUACACAGCAAUCGACUUUUCGGGAAACAGAUUUGAAGGAGAGAUUCCAAAGUCCAUCGGUCUAUUGAAAGAGCUUCAUGUGCUCAACUUGUCAAACAAUUCUUUCACCGGCCACAUCCCUUCAUCUAUGGGGAACCUCACAGCUCAGUCACUGGACAUUUCUCAAAACAAGCUUUCAGGGGAAAUCCCACAAGAGCUAGGGAGCCUCUCGUUCCUUGCGUACAUGAACUUCUCUCAUAACCAGCUUUCAGGUCUAGUUCCAGGAGGCAAUCAGUUUCAAAAGCAGUCUUGCUCUUCCUUUGAAGAUAACCUGGGACUUUUCGGCUCUUCUCUUGAAGAAGUUUGCAGAGAUAUUCACACGCCAGCAUCACAUCAACAGAAUGAAACGCCGGAAACAGAGGAAGAAGAAGAAGAGGUGAUUAGUUGGAUAGCAGCUGCAAUAGGAUUCAUACCUGGUAUUGUUUUUGGAUUGACGAUUGGAUACAUACUGGUUUUCUACAAACCAAAGUGGUUCAUGAACCCUUUUGGCCGAAACAAUUGUAAAAGGAGAAGCACCACAAGUCACUAG